AUGGCGGCCAUCGGAAAAUUUUCUCUUCUGGCGGCGAGGAUCCCCACUAGCCUUCUUACCAGAGAACUCUCCCGGAACUUGCGUCUUUCUCCGAGCUUUUUCUUCCGCAGAUAUGAACCAUACACUCGAGGCUUAAGCUUCUGCACCAAAGCUAACAAUCAACCCACUGCAAUUCAGGCCACCAAACAUGAAAUUCCCAGCUUGAAGACCAGCCCUUGUUUGGAUAAUAACAACCAGGCUACCUCCAUGAAGCUCAACAUGAUUUCCAACCUGACGGUGUCCGAAAAACACGAUAAUGCCAUUCUAAUCAUAUGCAAAGUCUGCGGGGCACGAUCGCUCAAAACCAUGGCUGGCGAUUCAUACAAGAAAGGCGUGGUUAUUGCCAAGUGUGAUGCCUGUAACAAUUUGCAUAUUAUUGCUGAUAAGUUGGGAUUGUUUGGGGAGCCUGGUAGUGUUAGUGUGGAGGACUUUUUGGCUGCUCGUGGGGAGGAAAUCAAGACCAGAGGUCCGUGUAGCACUGUGAACCUCCUGAAGGUGAAAAAAACCAGAAAAACAACCCAGAACAAACCCAAGGGAAAAACCAAGGGAAAAACCAAGGAUCUUGCUGGAAAUAAAGAAACUUAG